UGCGUCAAGUCAAAGCUGUUUUUUGUGCGGCAUUUGGGUGCCUUUGGGAAGAAAGUCCACGGUGCGUAUCCGAACUACAGCCAGGGUGUUACAAACACACACGAGACCCUGAAGGAGAGGAUCAUCUACACCAGUCUGUAGAGAUGGAGGUGUACAAAAAUUAUAAAAGAGUGUGGUGAAGUCACUGCAACAUGAGCAACGUAUGACUCCUAGGAAUAUAGCAGGUCCCUGUCCCUGAACGCAGCACUUGUAGCAGCAGUAAGCGGCAGCAGAGCGGCAGCAAAGCGGCACUGCGAAGCAUCACGUUGCCCCAGUGCGUCAGAGGAACCCAAGAAACUGUGGGGGUGUCCUGUCUUCAGACUUUUAUUUUCGUUUAGCUAAACCCUCAGGAACAUGUAGGAUUUAACAGCGACUGUUGUACUUUUGGGAUUUUUUUCCUCAUUUUCCCCCAUUUUUUUUCUCCCCCCCCUUCCAAACCCUCAACGGAGCAACACACCAACACAGUCAUCUUGCCUCUUGUGAGCUGAACUACAAACUCGAGUCCGAACGUAGAGAGUGCAGCAUUUGUUCUGACCGGUCGCUGCCAUGAGUGAACAGAGCAUCUGCCAGGCGCGGGCUGCUGUCAUGGUAUACGAUGAUGCCAAUAAGAAGUGGGUCCCUGCAGGAGGCUCCACUGGCUUCAGCAGAGUGCACAUCUACCACCACACAGGAAACAAUGCCUUUCGGGUGGUAGGACGCAAAAUACAGGACCACCAGGUGGUGAUAAACUGUGCCAUUCCCAAAGGCCUGAAAUAUAACCAGGCCACACAGACGUUCCACCAGUGGCGUGAUGCCCGACAGGUUUAUGGCCUCAACUUUGGAAGCAAAGAGGAUGCCAAUGUAUUUGCCAGUGCCAUGAUGCAUGCACUGGAAGUGCUCAACUCUCAGGACACAGGUGAGAGUAGUGUGUGA